CGGUACUUAGUAUUCCCACAUACGAACAACACACAAACCUCUCUUCUGGUCUACUAUGACGACGACGACGACAUGAGUUCUGGACAUACUAACCCUAGUGAACUUGUCUUGUUAUGCCGGUCAUGGUAGGCAUCAGCUUCUACCAUGUCUGCCGUCGCCUCGAGGGCGCCGCUGGGCGGGCGUAGGCCCCCCCCCCCCACGUCUCUCCCUAGAGCGACGUCCUCGAGAAUCUUCAGCCUCUGUUUACGCAGACGUUCCCCGGCGAUCCCCUGUGUAUGCUAUUCCCUGUUUUCGCGGGGUCUCACGACGACAACGACAACGACAACGACAAUGACGACGACGACAGCGAUAGCGACGACAGCACCACUCGCUGGUGCGGCGUUUUCGCCCGAAUUACACUUCUUGCGAGAAUUGCUUUAUAAAUCGCAAGCCAACGACAAGGCCCGUCCCGCCCGUCCCGCUCUUAGGCAGCAAGCUGUCGAGGCGGCCGAGGCCAAGCUCGCACACCGGUACGCCGAGAUAACUGAAAAUCUUCCCUACCUGUUCCUCAAGGCCCUCGAGGCGAUGAGGCGGGGCGACAGUCGAAGGCUGCUCACCUGCCUCGAGCGGAUAACCCGCAUGGGAACUGCGGACCUGCAGCACGCCGUCGUUACUUUGCCCCGGACCACCUUUACCGAGUUCCUCCGCUCCCUCGACCCUUUCCGUAUCGCUAGCGAGGCCGAUCCGACCGACCGGGUAUACAUAUCCCCGGGCGCGUUCCAUUCGCUCAACAUGAAGUCCACCCUGGACGAGUGGGGCGUGCGGAGAGUCUACGUGCGGCUGGUCCGGCGCAUGCUGGUGCUUAUGAUGGCCCUCAAAGCCUCGGGUCAGAUCUUGCACACUGACGAGUAUACCUACCUCCUCCGGUGUGCGGGCGCCGCCUCGGACCCGAUGGGCGCGAAGUGGAUAUGGCGAGAGAUGGACCGCACCGAGACGACCGAUUGGCGGCACAGCGACGUCUACGCCGAGUUCGUCGCCGCGCGCUUCCUCACGCGGCCCUUGUACUCCGGCUACGAUAAGAUGAGGAGGAUUGUCACCCCCCGGAACCUCCGGGGGUCGCGGAUCCAUCUGGCCUACAGCCGCUACCGGAAGCUUGAACGGCUGCGGUUCAACACGCGGCCCUCCAGGCUGCGCUUCGGGCUCAACAAGGACGCACGCCACGUGGAGGAGCUGAUGCGCAUGAUGCGCAAGAGAGGCCCCGUCAUGCGACUCUUCCGCCAUAUCCUCGAGGAAGGCAACCGCAUGAACGAGUCCCUGCUCUGCGCGCUGAUGAUCGGCUUCGGCCGGGUCGGGUCGCUAUGGUUCGUCUCCACGCGCAUCCUCCAGGACUACUUCGGCAUCCGGGUGACGCAGUGGUCCUCCGGAACGCGCAAAGGCGGGGUCGACGUAGCGCCCGAGAAGGGUGCCUACAGCCCGGUUAACCGCGUCACGUUCCGCAUGCGGCCGACGGCGCGCACCAUGGCAGCCGUCGUCGAGACGUUCGGCUCUAACGGCGAGAUCGUGACCGCGUUCCAGGUCGUCGACCACAUCUCGCGGGAGCACCAGAUCCCCAUCCCGCGCGCCGUCUGGCAAGACCUGCUCGAGUGGGCACACAUAAUGGGGUCGUUGCCCAUGUCGACGGCCUGGAAGUACGCCGGCAUGCGCUCCAAGAUCCCCCACCCGGACAUGGUCGAGGCCCUCUUCACCGCCAUGACGACGAGCUCCCCGGCCAACCCGCACGGGGCCCUUCGCCCGGGCUUCGACCAGUACUCGGUCCUCAUCCGCAACCUCCUCGGUAAGCGCCGGUUCCGCCGCGCCCUCCCGUACAUGCGCCUCGCCGUCGAGAUCUAUCACGACCAGCACCGCGCCUUCGAGGACGCCGCGCUCGAGCAGCUCGCGCAGCUCCGCGACCGCAUCGGCUCCCCCGCCUCCUCCGCCGCCACGAUCCGCCACCAGCGCGCCCGCUUCCUCAAGGGGCGCAUGUGGUACGACAUCAACAACUGGUGCCGCCAGAUCCUCGCCAAAACGCGCAGCUUCGCCGCCUCUCCCCCCGACACCUUCCUGCCCGACGUCGUCCGCGAGUUCGCCCUCUUCAUGCCCAACCCCAUCCGCUACCGCACUGCCUCUGGCUACGUCGAGCUCUUCGACCCCGCGCGCCCCCGCAUCCGCGCCCGCCCCAACAACAACGUCGCGUACCUCAACAUGGUCAUGCGCGAGCGCGCCACCCUGCGCGAGCGCCCUGUCCGCCUGCCCAGGGUCACCGUAAAGUCGAGCCACUCGCUCGAUAUCCGCGCCUUCUCGAAGCUGAACCCGUUUACCGUGCUCACCGGUGAGACAGCAUUGCUGGUCAGUGAGUCGAAUAUCAUCACAGACAGUUUGGCGACGAGGCCGCCGAGUGAUGCAUCAGCGAACGGAGGGGAGCGCGGGGCCGUAGAUUACGAUGACGAAGAUGACUAUUCUUAGAACAUUUAUAAUUGUCGCUUAUAUCUACAACGUGUUCGGCUCGUACAUACAUGUAAGUUGCCGCAUAUAUUCCUCUGUUAAGGUAGCAGCUGUAGUAGUAGUGGUAUAUAUUCUAUUUAUCGACAGCCCGUGGCGGAACCUUGGGUCUACGGGGGCUCCUCGCGCGCCUCACGGUGCAGUGUGUGCUUCGUAUUUGGGAUUUACCGUGACUAGUUGUGGGCCCCGC